UUAUCUGGCUGCAUCAGACUGAUGACGCUUCAGUUCGCAUUUAACUUAGCCGUGAUAAUAUAACGUGCGGUAGUCGCCGUAGUGUACAUGCAUAUGUAAAUCGGAGUCUUACAAUAUAAACAAAAGAAGAUAUAAGUACUACAUCAAGAUAUGUCUUAAAUAAAGGUUUGAAAAAAGCUAUGCGUUGAAGAAUAGAAAAGAGCACGUGGAAGUACGUGAUCUGAUAGCAUACAAUUAGAGAGUGAGCCGUCGUCGUUUUCCCUCUUUCUUUGAUUCUUGCUUUUGUUCACUCGUAUCUAUAAAAAUUAUUCGGUUAAGUGUUCGCCGAAAGUAUAAGAGGAAAGAGAGAAGGUGUAUACUUCACUUCUCUCGUAUGCAUGUAGGAGAAUAGGAGUGUAUGUGCGAUAACCUUGACGAGAGAAAAAGGGUGGAAAAGAAAGGAGUGAGAGAGGUCGAGGUGAAACAUCAACAACAGCAGAAGCAGCAGAAGACAAGAUAGGAGAGGGCCGAGCAAUUACAAGUGGUCAUGCAUCUGUGGACAAGUGCAGGGAAUGACUCGUGUUAUCCCAAAAAUAAGUGGUCCAGAACAGUCCGUCUCCUAGGAGGCUGCUUCUGCCGCUAUACUCAAAUUGUUGAACGUGUAUAGCUUUCAUUUCAAGUGUACGUUUACCCGUUUUUCUGCUCCAUUGCUACUGUUGCUGCUUGCAGUUUUCUUCUACGGCUUUUACUGGACGACGACUACCUAAUAAUUGCAGUUCUCUGACCUUCUGGGAUUUCUAUUUUGGCGUUUGUUGCCAUUUGCCAUCGGGGUAGAUUUUUAAUAGAAUUUAAUAUUACAAUUUUACAAAGUGAUUUUUGUAUAUUGACAACGGUGCUAGAAAUAAUAAAUUUUAAACAUGUCUCUCAAACCCAAAGUUGUGGACUUUCAUCAGACAUGGAAUGUCUUGCAAGAGACUGUUAAAGGUGUGAUAACGUUAGCUAAUGUUCCAAGGGCAAUAUGGAACGAUAGAUUUAGUGAUGUUUAUUCUCUGUGUGUUGCUUAUCCUGAACCACUAGCUGAUCGUCUGUACAAUGAAACAGCUAGAUUUUUAGACAACCAUGUUACUCAGUUAUUGGCUAAAGUAAAGUUGCAAGGGGAAAAUGGCCUACUGCAAGCCUAUUACCAAGCCUGGGAGGAAUACUCUCAGGGAAUCAGUUACCUUCACCAAUUGUAUUUAUUUUUCAAUCAGCAACACAUUAAAAAGCAAAGGCUGAAUGAAGCCGAAAUUUUUUAUGGAACAUCUUCCACCAAUUCCCCAGAGUGUCAAGAACAGAAGGAAAUUGGUGAAUUAGGUUUAUACAUUUGGAAAAAAAAGAUGAUUGAAUCCUUAAAAGACUGCCUUGUUACGUUACUUCUGGAAGGAAUAAAUGCGGAUAGAGUAGGAGAAGCACAACCAAUUCAAGCAAACAUCAUUCGGGGUGUUAUUCAGAGUUUUGUGAGAGUCGAAGAAUAUAAGCUAAAGGAUCAGCUGAAUCUGUAUCAAGAAAUUUUUGAAGGUCCUUUCUUAAAACGAAGUGGUGAUUUCUAUUCAAGGGAAGCUUCGGAACUUUUACAGCAGUCAGACGUAACUCAUUACAUGGAAAAAGUCACUUGGCGCCUUGCUCAAGAAGAAUUGAGAGCCCACAGAUUCCUUCACAUCACAUCGGUGCCUAAGGUAAGACAGUGUUGUGAGGAGAAAAUGGUUGCAGCCCACGUUACUUGGCUGGACACAGAAGUGGAUGCAAUGGUCCAGCACGAAAGAAGAAAAGAUCUCGCGCUCAUUUAUCCGUUACUCAGGCCACUGCCAGGAGGCUUGUCUCACCUUAUACAGAAACUUACCGCGCACGUAACAAACGAAGGAUUGCAGGCAAUUGGUUCCUUGCAAGGCGAAAACGUUCACACGCAAUUCGUUGAAAGUAUGUUGGAUGUACACAGCAAGUACUCGGAAUUAAUAAAAGACUUGUUCAAGGGAGACCAGGCGUUCAUUGGUGCUCUUGACAAAGCGUGCUCGGCUGUUGUUAAUCACAGGCCUGCGCCACGACAACCAGCACGUGCCCCCGAAUUACUAGCGAAAUAUUGCGAUUCGCUGUUAAAAAAAUCAACAAAGGUUGCGUCGGAGGCUGAAAUUGAAGAGAAACUUACGCGCUCGAUAACCGUUUUCAAGUACGUUGAUGACAAAGAUGUGUUCCAAAAAUUUUAUGCACGAAUGCUCGCCAAACGACUAAUUCACCAGCAAUCGCAAUCCAUGGAUGCGGAGGAAGCAAUGAUCGACAGGUUAAAGCAAGCGUGCGGUUACGAAUUUACGAAUAAAUUGCACCGUAUGUUCACGGACAUGUCGGUUUCCGCUGAUUUGAAUACCAAGUUCACGACGAGCUUGCGUGAACGCGAGGGCGAGCACCAUCAGUUUGGCAUUGGCUUCAGCGUAUACGUGUUGCAAGCUGGUGCCUGGCCCUUGGGGUUGCCACCGUCACCUGGUCCGUUUCACGUUCCUCAGCAGCUAGAAAAGUCAGUGCAAGCGUUCGAAUCCUUUUAUCAUGCCCAGUUCAGCGGCCGUAAACUCACGUGGUUGCAUCACCUGUGUCAAGGUGAGUUAAAGCUCAACUACCUGAAGAAGCCUUACUUGGUGACCGUACAAACGUAUCAGAUGGCUCUACUGCUGCUGUUCGAGCACUGUGACGCAAUUUCAUGCAAGGAAGCAGCUGCGUCCUUAAGGCUGUCCCAUGAUCAGCUAGUUAAGCAUGCUAUCACACUCGUGGACUGCAAGUUGUUGAAAAAAUCAUUGGAAGGUGAACUUGACGAAGACACGAUUCUUACUCUGAACUUGGAUUAUUAUAAUAAGAGGACAAAGUUCCGCGUUACCGGAGCACUGCAGAAGGACGCGCCGCACGAUACAGAGGCCACUCAUCGUAGCGUCGACGACGAUCGCAAGCUUUACUUGCAGGCUGCUAUUGUGCGCAUAAUGAAGAGUCGUAAGGUUUUGAAACAUAAUCAGCUGGUGCAAGAGGUUCUUGGACAGUCAAAAGUUACCUUUGCACCAUCAAUUGGAAUGAUCAAGAAAUGCAUAGAAAAUCUUAUUGACAAACAAUACAUUGAGCGCACUUCAAAGAGUGCAGAUGAAUAUUCGUAUGUUGCGUAACCAAAACGUAAUUAUACAAUUUAAUUUAUUUUUAUUUAAUUCAGAUCGUCGCUGUCGAUAAACGAAAGGCUAUUAGAACUAUUGAUUUUGAAAACUAAAUAAUUCAGGGGCUUUUCAUGUCAUCGCCGUUUGUUAAAAAUAUUGUCGGCUGACGAUCAAGAAUGCAAAGUGAUGAAAAAUUUUUGAUUUUUCAAAUAUUUUGUUAAUUUUUUUGCGGUAUAUAUUUUUUUUAUUUUUGAGAUGU